AUGGCCUUCUUACAAAGAUCCCUUUUCUCCGCCUCCAGAAACGCAACCAUCGUCAGAUCUCGCUUUCAGACGAAAUCCCUACCACUAGUACUGCACUCAUCAUACUCGCGACUAGCCUCCACCAUGGUUCCCAAGCUCAAAGAUCCAUCACUCUUCAAGCAGGACAUUUGCUAUGUCAAUGGCGAAUGGGUAAAGGCCCAGUCGGGCAAGACGUUUGAAGUCAAUGACCCAGCAACAGGCAAGCUCAUCGGUACCUGCCCCGAAUUCGACGCCCAAGACACCAAGAAAGCCAUCGACGCCGCCGAAGUCGCUUUCGAGACCUUCCGCCACAAGACGGGCCGCGAGCGCUCCAAGCUUCUGCGAAAAUGGUACGACCUGAUGGUUGAAAACCAUGACGACCUAACCACCCUCAUCACCUGGGAGAACGGAAAGCCGUUAGCAGACGCCAAGGGCGAAGUCACCUACGCCGCCAACUUCUUCGAGUGGUUCAGCGAGGAAGCUCCCCGCAUCUACGGCGACACCAUCCCCUCCUCAGUGCCCGGUAACCGCGUAUGGACCAUCAAGGAGCCCAUCGGCGUGUGCGGCCUCAUCACGCCCUGGAACUUCCCCGCCGCCAUGAUCACCCGCAAGGUUGGCCCCGCCCUGGCCGUUGGAUGCACCGUCGUCUGCAAAGCCCCCGGCGAGACGCCAUUCACAGCCCUCGCCCUCGCUGAGCUCGCCCACCGCGCCGGCAUCCCUGCCGGUGUCGUCAACGUGAUCACUGCUCUCGAGAACACCCCCGAGGUCGGCAGCACUCUGACCACUGACCCCGUAGUCCGCAAGAUCUCCUUCACGGGCUCGACGCCCGUCGGCAAGCUGCUCAUGAAGCAGUGCUCGGGCACGCUCAAGAAGCUCUCCCUCGAGCUUGGCGGCAACGCGCCUUUCAUCGUCUUCGACGACGCCGACGUGGACUUGGCCGUCACGGGCGCCAUCGCCUCCAAGUUCCGCUCCUCCGGCCAGACCUGCGUGUGCGCCAACCGCAUCUAUGUACAACGGGGCAUCUACGAUGAGUUCGCCCAGAAGUUCGCCGAGCAGGUCAAAAACAACUUCCGGGUCGGCAACGGGUUCGAGGAGGGAGUCACGCACGGUCCGCUGAUCCACCACCGCGCCAUCGACAAGGUCGAGCAACACGUCCGCGACGCCGAGAAGAAGGGCGCCAAGGUGGUGGUGGGCGGCCACAAGCUCGAGAAGCUGGGUCCCAACUUCUACGAGCCGACCGUCAUCACGGGUAUGACCCGCGACAUGGCCAUGGCGUCGGAGGAGACUUUCGGGCCCGUGGCUGGCUUGUUCCCCUUUGACACGGAAGAUGAGGUGGUCAAGCUGGCCAACUCGACCCAGGUCGGCUUGGCGGGCUACUUCUUCUCUAGAGAUAUCCAGCGGUGCGUGAGGGUUGCUGAGCACCUUGAGGUUGGCAUGGUCGGUAUCAACACUGGCUUGAUCUCGGACCCCGCCAGUCCAUUUGGCGGUGUUAAGGAGAGUGGCUUUGGAAGGGAAGGGUCGCUCUAUGGUAUCGGAGAGUACCAGGUCACCAAGAUGGUUACGAGCGGAGGCAUGGGCCAGUCUUUGCAGAAGUGA